UCGGCGUAGAUGGAAGAAGGUUGUUGUCGCACGUCCUGGUGGAGGGUGGCGCGAUGGUUCUAAAUCGCGUAGGCGCGCUGACGACGCGCGGGGUGGCGUCUAGACGACGCGGCAAUUGCAGGUGUGGAUGGCGGUGGACUGGCGUGAGCUGUGAUGGUGGUGGCGCUACUGAUCACCGUCUAGAUCUGGCGGCGACGCUGUGUGCAGGAGCAGUGCACGAUGAUGAGGAGGCGGCGCACGGCGUUCAACCAUUCGCUGCCCCCGUGUUCUACCCCGACGACACUUCAGACCCGCCCCCAAUCCCCAACUUGGUCGUACGGAUCCCCACACAAAGGUCCCCAUUUUCAGCCCUCAAGAACACGCUGGAAUCCUCACCACAAGUUUCUUCUGGUUCACAAAACAUGAGAUGAACGACCUCCAGCACAAUUUAGUUGGCAAGUUGGGAUUCGAAGAUGUUCUAGAUCUGGCCAUCCAAGAUCUCCUGGGUCGACUUAGCUACUGGGUUUUGGAUGCGUUCGAUAUCAGGCGUUGCGAUGUUAUUUUACCUAAUGGUCAGUCUCUUCCAGUGACCGGGGACGACGUUCAACGGGUACUAGGCUUUCCAAAGGGACCUAGAAGAAUUAAGUUGAUUAUAUUCGUACGUAAUUGAUAAAGUUGUUCAUAGAAUAGGUGCAAAAAAUUCAUCCAUGUAUUAUCAUGAUCAUAGGUGAUAUUGUAAUCAUGUAUAUAUAAUAAUAUUCAUACUUACUUGCUA